AUGAGUUUGCACGAUCGUCUUAAAACGGAACUACAAUCCAUGGAGGCAGAAGGCAUAAUUAGUCCGGUAGAUUACCCCACAGAUUGGAUCAACAAUAUGCAGAUUGUAGAAAAGUCUGAUGGUUCAUUGCGCAUUUGUCUGGACCCAAAACCACUGAAUGCGUGUAUCAAAAGGGAGCACUUUCUAAUUCCAAAGUCAGAGGAUCUUCUAAGUCGUAUGUCAGGGAAAAGGGUUUUCACUGUUUUAGAUCUUCGUCAUGGUUUCUGGCAAAUGGAACUAGAUCGUAAGAGUUCGGAUCUAACUACAUUCAUGACGCCGUUCGGCAGGUUCCGGUGGAACCGUCUACCUUUUGGGAUAAGUAGCGCACCGGAACUAUUUCAAAAACGCAUGGUUCAGCUAUUUGGAGAUAUCCCAGGGGUUGAGGUGUAUUUCGACGAUGUCGCGAUAGCAGGAGACAGUUUAGAAGAGCAUGAUCAAAUAUUAGCAAUCGUACUCGAACGGGCACGGAAAAACAACAUAAGUUUAACUCAGCUAAAACGCAAUAUAGAAGUGGGAGCGUCAAGUUCAUGGGUCAUGCUAUUUCUGACAGCGAAAUUCGACCAGAUCAAUCGUACAUAA